AACCACACACAAAACGCCAGAAUGGUGGCGAUGUGACUAAGGAAAUUAUUUGGAAAAGUGAACUUAGCUGACCACAGAGAUAGUUUAAAUCUUUAUUGAAAACCUUAUUAACAACCCAUAGUAAUAUAGUGCAAAGUACCUUGCUGCAUCGCAGUGUUUCCUUCCGUUCCAUUAAGGGGAAAAAGUGGUUGCGUAUCGAACCACUCGGUUACGGACAAAAACAUACACACACGCGCAUAUUGUUUCGAUGUGUGCCAUCAACAAGCUUUUCUUUUGCCAUUUUCCAAGUCAGUAUUUCUUCACUCUAGACGCACUUCGGAAAAAAUAAGCGUUUCCGUUAGACUGUUUGUGGUUUUGUACGUUGUAUGAAACUAACUCUACGUAUUUUACGCGUUUGUUGCGCAUCGACCUACCAGUGACCCUCGCGAUAUUCGUGUAUGAACAUUGCAUAUUUGUGUACAUUUUUUAACUAGCCACGAAGAGUGUCGACGGUUACAGCUCUCAACCAUAGUUUAAGUGCAUAAAAUGGCUGAUAAAUGGGUUGGCAAGUCGGUGUCGAUACACUGUCGCAAUGAUAUCGGCGUCUUUCAAGGCAUAAUCAAACGGGUCACGCCAUCUGUGGUGGUCAUUACGAAAGCGGUCCGGAAUGGUAUACCCCUAAAGAAGAACAACGUGGAGGUGACCCUGUGUGCGGCGGAUAUUGCCAAGCUAGAUCUUAUAUCGUGCAGCAACGUGCCGAGCAUUCCAUCGAAACCGGUGGCUACUGUGGUAGCCAAUUCGGGAAUGGUAACCUCGGUUGACGAUCAGUAUGAUGGACUGAAGCUGAUGAACAACGGCAAGCAGCACCAGUCGCAGCAACAGUUUCAAAAUGUCACCGGCAGUGCAUUCAAGCUGGCCAGUAAAUCUCCCGCCCAAAACAAGUAUGCCAAUGGCAACCUGAACAGCAACACGCAGGGUUCCAACGUCGGUUCCAACAAGAUUAUCAGCAACCCCAUCGACAUCAACGGUCCUACAGCGAAAUCAGCCCACCUGACAGCGGCGUCGGUUUUGUCCACGGGAUUUGUUGGGUCGUUUGGUAAUGGGCGUCCAGUUCCUACAAGCCAAUCGCUGCCGUACUCUGAUGGCAGCGCCAAAAAGCCCGGAAACGGCAAUGGCAAGAUGUCGCGCAGUCGUAAGAAUCUAGCCAAGGACAGCACUUUCGGAUCGCCAGACGACGAUCCGCUGAUGAUGGAUGUGGAGUUUGAUUUCGAGAAGAAUCUAGCCUUGUUCGACAAGCAAGCGAUCUGGAACGAAAUCGAUGCUAACCAAACGAAAGCUUCCGAGAGUGAUCGUAAGCAACGAAAUGCUGCAAAUUCAGCAGCUAAAACAAAGUAUCGCCAUGAUGAGAAUGUACUCGUGUCGAUACCAGCUCAAUACAGGCAGAUUGAAAUCAAGAGCGCGGGAUCGGAUGCAACCCGCGAUAGUCAGGAUUAUGUUACGGAUGAAGGUCUGGUGAUACCGUCCGUACCGGCUACAUUGCGCCAUACGGUAGAGGAGUAUGCUGUCAGCAUGGGGUUGUCGCGUGAACGGCAACACGAUUUCUUAGCCCGUGGCGCUACCGAAUUGGCGCUUCAGCUCCUAGGUGGUUCGAGACGUUUGACGCCCAACAAUCAGCACCAGUGGCCCAAAAUCGUGGUCGUGUGUGAGGGUGCAUUGGACGAGGUCGGUAUAUCGACGGCCAGACAGCUUGCCAGCCACGGUCUCGAGACCGUCGUCUAUUUGUCAUCAUUAACGGAAGCAACGCAGAACAGCUCGGAGGUACCAUUGUACAUGGCAACGGGCAACAAAAUAUCGGUUGAUGUUAACACUUUACCUCCAUGCGAUCUCGUGAUUGCUUCGGUGCAGAAUUCAAAGCUUACAGAUCAGAUGCGCAAAUGGAUCGGCUACAGUCGGGCGCCAGUACUAGCGAUCGAUCCUCCGGGUGUCGGACUCGAGGGUGUGGCAAUCAAAUGUUCCAUACUUCCUAUUUUACCGCUGGACGGAAUCGACCAGAAUGAUGCUUGUGGGCGGUUGUACCUGUGCAACCUUGGAAUACCAAAUCAAAUCUUCCACCGUGCUGGCAUCAAAUAUAAAAGCCCGUUCGAUAAGUUCGUCAUACCGAUCCACCGAAGAAAGGACGAAUAAUUCACCAAGAAAGAGAUUAAUAGACAACGUCAGGAAAAGCCAGGACUACUUUUUUAUUUUCACUCAAUGUAUCUGAUUCGCCCCGUGUGAACAUACCAGGGCAACACACCUACGAAUUAAUAGAAUCAUCCCACAAGUAAAUAGCUUUUGGUGACCAGACAUCUACUGGUGAGAAAAACAGGCAAAUAUUUUAGUACUUGUGAUUACUAGUAGAACAUACAAACGCACUGGAAACGCGAAAUAGACAGCCAAUCGCAUCAACAACUCCAAUAAAACCAAAUUCACUCAACACACAAAC